CCCGUCGUGUCGUCGUCGCACUUUGUGGAACUCGACACAAUUUACACAAUACGUGAUGAUGACCAAUCUCAGAACUAUUCUCAAAUACACAAAGCCAUAUGUAACACAUAAUUAGGCUUAUUUAUUAUGGGACGUUGACAUGCAAUUUCAUUCAUCAUCAUUGUAACAUCGUGAGGGAAUCGUUAGUUUCGUCUUCUUCGCACCAUUGACCAUUGACCAUGUUAAAAACCAACUCAAUAUUACCAGUCAGUUACUACAUAUAUAUUAUAUAGCGAACUGUAGAGAAAUGAGCAGCAAAUACAGUUAACAUAAAUUAGCACAAUUUUCUGACAGUUAUGAAAUAAUCAUAAAUAAGUGUCAAGAAUAGUCAAGUUCAAGAUCAAUUAUUGACCUCCCCGUCCAACCGUGUGUUCUGAUUAAGCACAUCCUUUACGAAAUUAUGUAUUACGAUUCUGCAGACCAAAUCAGUUCACAUUUCUUGCUCUCAUCGAGAUGUCGAUCCUCUUUGCUUUCGACUGCGAUCACACGCUCAUCAAUGAAGAUUCGGAUGUGGCCGUGGCUAAAUUAGGGGCACAACCCCUUCCCCCGGAAAUAGUGGCCCUUUGCGACGGCCAUUACUGGACGGACUACAUGAACGCCGUAUUUCGUCACCUGCACGCACAAAAAGUGGAUCUGGAUGCCAUAGCUGACCGAAUUAGUGAAAUCCAACUUGUUAAUGGAAUGGCAGAACUUAUUUCAUCCCUUACUCGCCAACAAAAAGCCCACACAAUCGUCAUUUCCGACGCUAAUGAUUUCGGAAUUUCACGAAUUCUCACGCAACUUAUUGGCGAUGAAGAAGCCUCAACAAUUCCACUUUUGACGAAUGGGUCCUACAUUACGGAAAGCGGAUGUCUUCAAAUUGCUCCAUAUCAUUGGCAGAAGGAGUGCGUUUUCUGUCCGCCAAACCUCUGCAAAGGGAACGCUCUCUCACUCUACGUACAGGAACACGGUCCUUUCGACAGCAUCGUGUACAUAGGCGACGGAAAGAACGACAUUUGUCCAGCGACCAGAUUGUCCAAGACUGACAUUGUUUUUGCCCGGACGGGAUUCGACCUGGAAAGAAUUAUUUUGGCCGGUGAAAGGAAUGGGAUUAAAGUGAAAGUGGAGGCUAAUGUAAAAUUUUGGAGUGAUGGAUUUGACAUUUUACAACGUAAUGAUUUAUUUAAUAAAACUGAAUGAAAUCUGAAUAAAAUUAUGUAUCUGAAACUGUCAAUUGUGUACAAAUUUGGAAAUUUUGUCAGAAUUACAGAGUAACAAAGUUAAGGAAUUCUUUACCACGUAACUGGCUGAUUGCAUAUAUUAAUAUUGAAUUUGUGCAGCAGUGUAGUGAACUUUUGGUAUUAUAAAUACAUAGGAAUGAGACUUGUUAUUUGCAUUAUUAAUAACAAUAGUUUUAAUUACAUUUAGGUUAGUAUAGCUGCAUAAAUUAGCAAUUGUGUCAUGUAUUGGAAACCAGUUUAUCAUAUUAACUGAUAAUUGGCAUGUUAAUAAAAGCUUACUUCACUUGUUGA